AUGCUAUUGCCAUUUUUGCUGCUCGGAUUGGCAGGAUUGUUGAAGUGUCAAGAUGUCCAGGACCAAGCCUGCCAAGUAGAUGCUGACUGCACUGCCCCGUUCGCGCGAUGUGUUGAGAUCGACACGGCAAACCGGACGGCCAUGAUGUGUGUUAGUAAAACCGAGACGUGGUUCUACCCGGCGCCGUUUUGCCCGGAAAACCGGUGCGCCGACGGGCUGAGCUGCUACCCGUUGGUCGGCUCGGACAAAAAAUUGUGCGGGUCUACGCAAAAUUACAAAAAAGUCAGAGCGGUCUACCAUCCGUGUAAGUUGGCGGGCGACUGCGGGGCCGGGUUCACGUGUGCUCGGCUGCUUGGCACGCAAGUUAUGGGCUGUGCGCCGAUGGGCAGGAAAUCGAUCGCCUUUUUCAACUGCCCAACUUGCCGCGACAAACCGAUGAACGAGCCGGAA